AUGACCCCCUACAAGUCGGCCGCCUCGACAUCGUCAGGCACGCCUACCGGCUCCUGGCGUCAUCCCGCAAUAGACAUUGUAGCCCAGCGGAACUCCCAGAAGGGCUUUACAGAGACCAACUUCCACCGGCUUAUGAUCAAUGGGAUCUCCCUCUUCCUCUGCUGGUUUAUCGUUGCCUUUUUCCGCCAAAGCUCCACUCUCAAGAACCUAAUCCCCACCUCACCCACAAUCUCCUUCUAUGCCUUUUAUGCCCUCUGGGGCGUGCGCUCCCUCCUCGUCUGGAACAUACUCGAAAGCCUCUACAAUCUUCUACGGCCUGUCGAUGAGUUCACGGACAUCCCACUGACCCCCGAGCAACGCAAGCUCCUCGGGCUGAACCCUGACACACCCCUCAGUCCCGCUGCUGCAGAAGGCAGCAUUAGCCGUAAGGCCACUGCGACCCCACCGCCGAUGACGCCCAGCCCAUUGAGGAUGGGUGGAGUUGUAGACCGCCGAAGCAGCUUUGGGAGUCCUAGCCCGGCGUCGGCGAGAGUUGGCAGCUCGGUGGUGCCGAGCAAUAAGUGGCUGUAUGAGAAAAAUUUGCAGAGGAAGGGCGCAAUGAAUCUAGGUGCGGCGUUGGGGAUUAGUCCUAAUAGAGGUGUUUUCUCACCUAGACCCCCUGGGGGGCUGUAG